UGUUGUCACUGGAAAUUAGGUUCUAGACCACUUUUAGGCUUUUUUUGAAAAGCAAAAUAUGUGGGUGGGACAUUUUCCUAUUAUGCAUUAUGCAUUGUGAACAGGUAACUGCUCCAUUGCACCGUGGGGCUGCUCAGGGUGUCACUGGAGGGAUUCCCCACCGAAGUGCUGCGCCGCGAUGAGUUUCACAGAACUGAGCGCAUCUCCUCUUGAACUUCUCAGAGCCCGAGGAGCUCCUCCUCCCUGUAACAAAUCAAUAUGAGAUAAAGGACACCGAGAAGCUUCAGAACAGAUUUCAGUGGGGAUAGCUCGCAUGAUUGACGAGAUGAACCUUGAUGAGGACAGUGGGCUGCCAGUCAGCUGUGGCAAUGGAAAAUUGAGACAGUGGCUGAUAGAUCAGAUUGACAGCAGUCUAUAUCCCGGCCUGGUUUGGGAAAAUGAUGGAAAGAGCAUCUUUAGGAUUCCGUGGAAACAUGCAGGAAAACAAGACUAUAACAGAGACGAGGAUGCGGCGCUCUUCAAGGCAUGGGCAAUGUUUAAGGGGAAAUAUAAGGAGGGAGUGGACAAGCUGGAUCCCCCCACAUGGAAAACCAGACUGCGCUGUGCUCUUAAUAAAAGCAAUGAUUUUGAUGAGUUAGUGGAAAGAAGCCAACUGGACAUCUCAGACCCCUAUAAAGUCUACAGAAUCAUUCCAGAAGCUGCCAAAAGAGGAAUGAAGACAAGUAUGGAGGAGACAACAUCACAUGUAAAUUCCCUCGGCUAUAUUCCUCCAUAUACGUCUUCACAUGACCAGGUAUCAGGCUAUAUGGUUUCUCAGGAGAGAAGGGACUGGAGAGAUUACUCACCCACAGAACAGCAACCUGUUCCUCCUCCACAUCAGCACGGGCCCCAUGCAGAGCUGCAGUACGGUCAGCUCCACUAUCCGUCACCGUUCAGCCGGGCUUGGCCCGGGGCACACACAGAAAAUGGUUUUCAGCUCUCCUUCCACACCUACUUUUCAGAGUCCCAACCACCUGUGUAUUCAAUCAACCAAAACAAUGGCAUAACAGAUUUGAGCUUGCAUGUGUCCCUAUACUACAGAGAGUCAUUGGUGAAGGAGGUCACCACCACCAGCCCAGAAGGUUGUCGGAUCACUUCUCAUUCCUCCUCCUCUCCAUCCUCUUCUUCCUCCUCUUCCCCAUGCCUAGAGGACAAGCUUCACAGCGGUGCAGAAAUCAUCCUUUUUCCAUUCCCGUACCCUGAGUCUCAGAGGCAGGGUGCUGAGAUGCUUCCUAAUGUACUGGAGAGGGGGGUGCUGCUGUGGAUGACACCUGAUGGGUUGUAUGCUAAGCGCCUCUGCCAGGGACGGGUUUACUGGGAAGGACCUCUGGCUCCUCAUAUGGAUAAACCCAACAAGCUGGAGAAGGAGCAGCCAUGCAAACUGUUUGACACCCAGCAAUUCCUGAUUGAGCUCCAAGAGUUUGCCCAUAAUGGCCGACAUUUACCGAGGCACCAGGUGGUGCUGUGUUUUGGAGACGAGUACCCCGACCCACAGCGCACGAGGAAGAUGAUCACAGCACAGGUGGAGCCAGUGUUUGCCAGAAAACUGGUGUACUAUUACCAGCAGAACAAUGGCCACUACCUGCGGGCUCUUGAUCACAUCCAGGAACAGAACACAUCGACAACAAGCGACUAUCCUUCCCAGAGACCGCUACAGCAUAUUCAGGAGUGACGAUCUCACACACACACACACACACACACACACACAAACACACACACACACACACACAUACACACACACGCGCGUGCGUGCACAGACACAUAUGCGUGAGGGUGUACUGUAAAUAAUUGAAGAUGUCAUGGAACUGAGGGGUAGAGAUGGGGAAGACCCUGUUGUUUUCACUUGCACACCUAUGCGUCGUAGUCUUUGUGUCUGUGACUGUGGAGUUAUGUUCUUUUUUUUUUUCUGCAAGUAUUAUUGUGACAGUGUGAAGGAUGCGGUCUGAGGGUGAGGGGGUGAGGGGAUGAGGGGAGCGGAGGGCGAGUGAGACAGGAAGUACGAGCACAUGUGCACAGGAAGAAUGGCCCCUAUGACAAAACUGAGUCUUAAUGAAUAUUUAGUAUGAUUGGUGUACUCACACACUAAAGUGGCACAAAUACAAACUCUGCUUUUUAAACUCAGUUGACACAGCUGCUUCUGUGAUUCAAAACUUUUCUUGAAUACAGUUCUUGACGAGCAGAAUAACAACAUUUUCUUGGUGAGCAAGUGUCUACAAUAUCUGAGCCCAUUGUAGACCGCAAUCUGUUCUGAUGGUGUAGUAAAGGAAGCUGUUGUACAAAUGGUUUAUCCUUUGACUGUAUGUUACAGGAUGCACUUAGGGAAAUCUAUCGAUCUACUGAAUCUGGUCCGCUUUUAGAAAUAUGUGAUUCCUUUAAUUACAUCAAACUGAAUAAAACACCUACAAAGGGUCACACGAUAAUCUAAGAUGAUUACAGACGUUGUACACAUUAAUCUUCUCGAUUCAUUGUUUCUUUCUUGCUUUGUCUUGCAAAACACUGUAUAGUUUUAUUUCUUCAGGUGUCAGAAAGAAAUUUGACUUGGCUUCGUAUUAGAUGCUCACAAGCAAGAAAAGGUUGGGGACCACUGACUUACAACUCAUGAUCAGAGAGAAGCUUUGGCCUGAAGGUCUGUGUCACCAGAAAGAGUGGGUUGCCUCAAACCGACUGGACUGAAGUAGGUUGACUAAAAAUCACACUCAUCCUGUAACUUGCAAGGAAACCCUACCUGUUCCUCUUGACCUGAAACUUCGGGCCUCCCAAAUGGGAAGAAAAACUACCUUUGUGGUCAUCGAGCAAGUUGAGCUCUCUGGUUCCCAUGCUGAUACUGUAGAGGUUCACAUACUGGAUGUAACGUCUUCACGAAACUAAGACCCUAACAACCUACCCAGGAGUUUGUACGUACCAUAGGAUGUAUAUGUCCAAUAGUACAUAAAUAGUGCAGAGGAUAAUGUAAUUCCUCAAGCUGCUGAGGUAAUAAAGGCUGAUGCUGCAGCAGCAGGGAUAAAUGUUUUUUUUACGUUUUCCCUUCUGUGGUCCAGAGUUUCGA